AUGGCACAAGGAAAUAACUCCAAUCAUAAACAAGCUAAACCUUCCCUCGGCUCCAAGAUCUCCUACAAGCCCUCAUUGUCAAAUUCAGCAGUAAACGAGAAACAACCCCUUGUCGUCUCCAACCUUAUUGCUGACACAGAUAACUCCUCCAUCGAAAUCUUCAAGAUGUACCAGAACAAGAACUACUUACCCCACAAUCAGAGAAUCUCCAACAUAGCAUGGAGAAUCCAGAACAAGAAGUUGAUGCUGGGUGCCUCCGGAACGGCUCCAGCAUCCAACCGUUCAAGCUCUGGCUCUGUUAAUGGCAUUGCCAAACCCAUCCAUCGUCUGAAUUCAGUGUCUAGUAAUCGUUCCAACUCCAUCUCAGCCAAGAACUCAGGUCCUGUAACUGUCAAUGGAUCCAAACGGGAUCUGCUUGAUAAUCUCAACGACCCCAACUUGGACGAAUUCGACUACGUAGCCCAUAUCCGUAGAAUCAGCCAGGAAGAAUAUAACCAGGCUAACAUAAUGGCGAAGAAUAACAACCAAAGUAAUAAGCAAAGUGACAGCAUCAAUAACAACACCACGAACAGUAUCACUUCCCCGGAUUCAAGCACAAACACUCUUACGUCGCUGAACUCCGCCAUCUUUGGAACGAUGAAAUCUUCAGCUACAACUGCGACAAGCACUUCCAGCAAUAAACCACUUGAAGUUUCAUUUGCUAACAAUAAUAAUGCUAAGAACAUUCCUGGAAAUAACAAUUUUCUCUCGUCAUAUAUAAAUUCUUUGGAAUCGACGUUGAAGCUGGACUAUAAGCUCAACCAGAAUUCCGAGUUCGAUACUUCUUUACAAUCAAAUACGGUGUCCAACUCCACGUCGGUAUCUCCACCAAAGUUCAAACAGAGGCAGCCAUCGGUCGGUACUGGUAUUGGCAAACGAGUAUUGCAAUGCACCAACUGCCAAACCAAGACGACUCCCUUAUGGAGAAAGGCUAACAACGGCGAUUUGCUCUGUAACGCCUGUGGAUUGUUUUACAAAUUACAUGGAGUAUUGAGGCCAUUGAAUAAUAAUUCCGGUUCUGGUUCAAGCACCAAUCAUAUCGCUAACUCCGAUCCUAUCUCUAAUUCUGGCAACAAUUCUGGCAAUUCCUCUGCCUCGGUGAAAAAUCCUAGUGACAAGAUCAUACUGAAUAACAAUACCAAUCUUUUCAACGGCUUGCAACUGUUGAAGAGCAACUUCUCUCCUUCUUCUGCGCCUAAGUCUAAUAUCAACACUAGCAACGUCAACCAGAACGAUAGGUUUAGCUCUAACGACUUUGACUUGUCCAAUUACGACGGUAAUAAGUUCUAUGAUUCUACCAACAAGGAUAUGGUCAACAUGGACAGCUUCCUUGACUUUACUCAACCAGGUACCAACGCUGACAACAAUCCUUCUCGCACCAACAUCGGUAUCAACUCCAACAAUGCCAAUAUCUCUAUAAACGCAAAUUCAGGAUUAUCGAGCAGUUUGCCCGUUAACAACUUCCAGAACCAUCAGCAUACGCCCGUAGGUGGCAACAACGUGGACGAAAUAGACAAGCUCUUGAACAUCAACUUGUUCCAGUCGGAUUCGUUCACGAUAGGCAAUAAGUCUGGCUCUGGCUUCUACGAUUUGGAUUCGCAGCCUGGUCAAUCUGGCUUAGCUGGAGUUAAUGAAGACAUGUAUGUUGGCGAUCAGAUGCAACAAUCUCAUUUGAAUGCCAAUUUGGAUCUCGAUUUGAUCGAUGGCAGUCAGACUAAUGGCAAUGCUAAUGGAAGUGCAGGCUGGAAUUGGUUGGACUUCAGUCCACCUCAGAACUAG